ACGCUUUUCCUGCUUCCACUGUCUUCGACCCAACACCAACAACGUCAUAGCAACACCAAGUAGCCAUGGCCGACAACAACGACAAGCCCGAACCCACCCCCGCCGAGGAGGCCGCCGCCCGCGCCAAGGAGGCCGAGGAGCAGAGCGCGUUGCCGUACAAGUGGCAACAGACCAUCGCCGACGUCGACAUCACCUUCAGCGUCCCCGGGAACUUCAAGAGCAGGGACCUCGUCAUCGACAUCAAGAAGACCAAGAUCUCGGCCGGCGUCAAGGGACAGGAGCCCAUCAUUAGCGGCGACCUCUCCCACCCCGUCCUCGUCGAUGACUCGACCUGGACCCUCACCUCGGCCUCGGAUGGCACCAAGACGGUUGAGAUCCACCUCGACAAGGUUAACAAGAUGGAGUGGUGGGCGCACGUCGUCACGACGGCGCCCAAGAUCGAUGUCUCCAAGAUCACGCCCGACACGAGCAAGCUGUCGGACCUCGACGGCGAGACCCGCGGCAUGGUCGAGAAGAUGAUGUGGGACCAGCGCCAGAAGGAGCAGGGCCUGCCCACCUCGGACGAGCAGAAGAAGUUCGACAUCCUCAAGAAGUUUCAGGCCGAGCACCCUGAGAUGGACUUUAGCAACGCCAAGAUCAGCUAGUCGGGUUCGCUGUACAAAAAUUCGAUGAAACAGAGAUACCAAAACGAGUCGCGUCUUCUUCCCCUGGUACACGUGCAAAGAAAAGAGCAUGCGAAGGCCGGGAACUGUAUUUCACUUGGAAGAGUUGAUGUUUAUCUUGUUUGUAUUGGGUGACAUCAUUAUCAUCUAGCUAUCACCGCUCUGCGGCGAACGAAUUUGUCAUGGGUGAAACGAAUUGCCGAAACCACGGUUGAGCAAAAGAGCUGAAGGUUAUGGCAUCAGAGAGCCCAUGUGAGAGAACCAUUGCUCUUGGAUCCGCUAGUAAUGGUGAAGCAGAUUGAAAGCUGCAGCCCAUCAAUUGUCAGAUUAAGAAGCGGUCCGUAAUCGCCAACACGACCAGAGCUAGCCUGAAUAAAAAGAAGAGAGGAAAUGAA